AUGGGCUUUUUCUCGCCGCCAGAUUCGCCCUUUGCUCCUCCAUCGUUCCUCUACCAGCUCAUCUUCCACCCACUGACGACCUGUUUCACCUUCUUCCACCACCUUUUCGUCUACCUUCGCGGGCCUCCCUAUGCUCCUCCCAAAAACCGCAUUCCCAUCCGAGUGGUGUGCAUUUCCGACACACACUCCAAGAUCCCUUCUUAUGCCCUUCCAAAGGGUGACCUCCUCAUCCACUCUGGCGACCUGACCAAUACGGGCAGCUUGGCCUCCAUCCAGCAAUCUAUAGACUGGCUCAAGACACUUCAGAAACCUUGGUACGGAUCCUCAGAUGGAUUCCGACACAUUGUCGUGGUAGCCGGUAAUCAUGAUAGCUUCUUCGACGAGCGGAGUCGGAGUGCCCAUGACAAACGCAAUUCCAGCCGCAAACUCGACUGGGGCAAGAUCAUCUACCUCCAGCAUUCAUCCGUCACACUCCCAUUUCCAGAUGAUCGUCGUUUGAAAGUCUAUGGGGCUCCUCAAAUACCCAAGUGUGGUGGGAAAGAGUUUGCCUUCCAAUACAUCAGAGGUCAAGAUGCUUGGACGGAUACCGUACCCGAUGAUGUCGAUGUACUAGUUACUCACAAUCCUCCCAAGUGGCAUCUGGACCUCCCAGAAAGUGGCGGCAUGGGCGAUGAAUUCGAGUUGAAGGAGGUGUGGCGCGUGAAGCCUACACUACAUGCCUUUGGCCAUGUCCAUUCAGGUCAUGGAAAGGAGGCAGUGUGGUGGGAUGAGGGCCAGAAAACCUACGAAGAGUUUCUAGAAGCUGCGUAUAACAAACCCGCUGGCCAACCUGCCAGCCAUAGGUUACCGUUUGCCGAAUUCUUCCACCUGCCACUAUAUAUGCGAGGGUUUCGGAUGCUCGCCCUCGAUAUCAAAGGCUUACUUUGGACGAGGCUUUGGGGCGGAGCUCAGAAUGGAGGGUACAUGGUCAAUGGAGCACUGACAUAUCAGAUCUCUGAGACGCUGUACAACAAACCCCAGAUAGUUGUCUUGUAA